AUGUCGAUGAUCAAAGACUGCACCACCACCAAACCAUCGUCCACGACCGUGAGGAGCUCCUGCUUUCUCGGUUGUUUUGGUUGUUCCGGCGAGAAGAUACAACACAGGGAUAAAGUCAACUUGGGUUGCCGGCGUCGUUGGAUCUCUAAGUGGAACGUCAGUUUCAAAAAAUCCGCCACCAAGACAGUUCCUGUUGAACUCACCUCCACCUCCCGGAAAUCAAAAUCGUUUCAGCUUUUGGAGAAACAUGCUCCGGCGACAUCCGAUACAACAUGGGAAAUUCAGGUGGUGGAAGACGACGCCACGUUGACCAAAAAAUCUGUUAUCAUGAUGGAGGGAAACCAUGCUCCGGUGACAUACGAUGAACAUAAUAACCGUCGGAAAAAAUGGAUUUCUAUACUCAAGCGUCAAAACGCGUCAUCCCGUAGCAGCCGAAAAGAAAUGAAAGCAGCCACCACAACAGCCACCAGUGCCGGCCUAGACCCCCCGGGAAAAAAAUCUGUGACAGUUUCUUACCCUGUUGUUUCUUUCCCUCUCAAACCUUUGACGCAUGCAACAUCUCUACCGCCGCCUAAGGAGAAGAAACCUUCUCAUGCUCCUCCUGCAGCCGGCGGGGCUGACAAAGUAACUUUCAACAAGCAGCCGCCGUUGGCUGGGCGGUUUGAUUCCGUGAUUGGUAUGUCAGUAAUACUAGUGACACUACUCAUAAUGCUGCUAUGGGGUAAGAUAUGUGCUGUUCUUUGUACUUCUGCGUGGUUUUUUAUAGCGCCACGCCUGGUGGCCGGCGGGGAACGUUCUGUCUUACCCACAGCGGAGAAGGGACGGCAGGAUUCACAUAUUAACUUGGAUUUGGAGUCAACGGAGUACAAGAAAAAGGUGGUUUUAGAAGGACUUCUUCAAAGAAACCACCGGAAUGUUGUUGGUAGAUUGUAG